CCCCGCCUCCUCCUCCUCCUCCCCCUCCUCCUCCUCCUCCUCCUCCCUCCCGGCCUCCCUCUCCCAGCCAAACUGCUAGCCGGACCCCAGGCCGCCUCCCCGCAGCCGCCGCCGCCCCGCCGCCCGGCCUCCCCGCGAGCGCUCCACCAUGGACAGUCCUGUUUUCACCUUAUAAAGAUGGCGGUGCGGGAUCGCUGCAACCUUUAGACUAAUGACUGUCCGAAACAUCGCCUCCAUCUGUAAUAUGGGCACCAAUGCCUCUGCUCUGGAAAAAGACAUUGGUCCAGAGCAGUUUCCAAUCAAUGAACACUAUUUUGGAUUGGUCAAUUUCGGAAACACGUGCUACUGUAACUCCGUGCUUCAGGCAUUAUACUUCUGUCGGCCGUUCCGGGAGAAUGUGUUGGCAUACAAGGCCCAGCAAAAAAAGAAGGAAAACUUACUGACGUGCCUGGCAGACCUUUUCCACAGCAUUGCCACGCAGAAGAAGAAGGUUGGCGUGAUCCCACCAAAGAAGUUCAUUUCGAGGCUGAGAAAAGAGAAUGAUCUCUUUGAUAACUACAUGCAGCAGGAUGCUCACGAGUUUCUAAAUUAUUUGCUAAACACUAUUGCGGACAUCCUGCAGGAAGAGAAGAAACAGGAAAAACAAAAUGGAAAAUUAAAAAAUGGCAACAUGAAUGAACCUGCGGAGAAUAAUAAACCAGAACUCACCUGGGUCCAUGAGAUUUUUCAGGGAACGCUCACCAAUGAAACCCGAUGCUUAAACUGUGAAACUGUUAGUAGCAAAGACGAAGAUUUUCUUGACCUCUCUGUUGACGUGGAGCAGAAUACAUCUAUUACCCACUGUCUGAGAGACUUCAGCAACACAGAAACACUGUGUAGUGAACAGAAAUAUUAUUGUGAAACGUGCUGCAGCAAACAGGAGGCCCAGAAAAGGAUGAGAGUAAAAAAGCUGCCCAUGAUUUUGGCCCUGCACCUAAAGCGGUUCAAGUACAUGGAACAGCUGCACAGGUACACCAAGCUGUCUUACCGGGUGGUCUUCCCGCUGGAGCUCCGGCUCUUCAACACCUCCAGCGACGCCGUGAACCUGGACCGCAUGUACGACCUGGUCGCUGUGGUGGUUCACUGUGGCAGUGGUCCUAAUCGUGGGCAUUAUAUUACUAUUGUGAAGAGUCAUGGCUUCUGGCUUUUGUUUGAUGAUGACAUUGUAGAGAAAAUAGAUGCCCAAGCUAUUGAAGAAUUCUAUGGCCUGACGUCAGAUAUAUCAAAAAAUUCAGAGUCCGGAUAUAUUUUAUUCUAUCAGUCAAGAGAAUAACUUGAAGAACUGUGGGACGAGUUCACAUGGGGGGAACUGUUCACGGCACUAUUCCCUGGUUUCUCUGCAGACUUUCCUCCCCAGUGGCCCCGCCAGUGGUACUACGCCAAGUGUAAUGGUCUGGCUGGGUUAGACUUUCUCUCCCUUUGGUUUUUUACAUGCAGCACUACUUGUGGUUUUAUUUUAGUCUGAGGUAGAGUUAACUGCAAUCAGAUUGUAGUAAGAUUUGUAUGAGUAACAGUUGCUAAUUUUAGGAUUGGGGAAACGCUACGCCACCGGCUACGUCUGGCUCAAUUAGAGUGACAUUUCCUACGGGAAGGUCUACAGUCUGUUUUGGGUCCCUGCUAAACGUCCCAAGUGGCUUCCGGGAUCUCAUGUCAAUGCAUUCCUUUAACUUGUCCCGGGAAGCACUGCUACCCACUUGUAGCUUCUCUGCCUCUUUUCUGACGCAAGGACAGAAUCAGGUAGAAGUUCACCUGUUAGGGCUGCAGCUAUAGCUUUAAGUUUGUGCAAGUGAAAACGUUUAAAAGUGAGUAACCUCAAUACUAAAAUCAUCCUCCAGGUGGAACAGGGUGGAGAGAAGCUGUUCACGGUGGCUAGCGCCUGCCUGGGGCUGUGUUCUCCUCGCCGCCCGCCGCCGUUAGGACCCCAGAGGCUAAGAAGGCACGGAGCUCAGGGCAGGCAGAGCCCAGAGGAGGACGCUUUUGUGGACAGUGAAAACUUAACUUUUCUUACCUUUCUACCAAAACCACGUUUCAGGAAGAUACCCCUACGCCAUUUGUUUUUAGUGAUGCUCUACUUCCGUAAGGUCCUGUGAGUUGUAUCUGUCCUUUAUCUGGCGCUGCUAAGCUUUCCAAGGCAUCCGCCCCGGGCCGGCUGGUGUCCUGCAGGCUGUGGCCGCAGGGCUGAGCUACCGUGGUGACUGCUUCCGGCACAGCUCUCCUUAGCCAGUCAGUACCCACCACCUUCUCGGUCAGGAAGGACCCAGACACUGCAGUGUCACCACCAUUGGCCGCAUUGUACAGCUGUUCACCUUUUAACAUUUCAGUCUGUUGACUGAGGCGCUGGCGAGUCCCAGGACUAAUAAGGAACCUUCCCUAGAGGGACCACUGGAGUCAGCUGGGGGUGAAGGUGGGUCAAAGGAAGUGGGAGCGGGUGGGCGGAGGAGUGAACAAAAUGGCAACUUUUCUUUGGCUCAGACUCCUAGAACGCUUGACAAGACCGUUUUUUGGAAGAACCUCAUCUCACUGUAGUUACUUUUACUUUUUUCACUUUUGUUAUGUAUGUAUUUAUUAGAUCACUUGAGUAUUGGUACCUUUUAUUAAAAGGGUCAAUUUGG